UAAAAUUGGGCCUAGAAAUUGUUCAGAACUUGUAGGCUUAGGCCCAAUAGGCUCAAGAGAAAAUGUUGGUCUGGUAAUUCCCAAAGUCGAUCUGCGAAACGAGUUGAAGCUUCUUCCAGAACUUGCAACCUCAGAGCAGAGCAGAUUGUUUAAUAAGGAGGUGAGGAAUGGGGUUCAUAAUGGAAUUUGCUGAGAAUUUGGUACUGAAGUUGAUGGAGGACCCAAAAGAGAGGGAUCGAAAAUUCAGGGAGCAUGUAUAUGCGGUCAAGGACCGGUGCGGCAAGACCAAGGAGAUGUGGAGCUACCCUCUUCGUCCAUACGGGUUUUGGACCUUCGAACGCCACAACUCGCAGCUUCGUUGGGAUGCCCAGAUUAGCCAGGUUCCUGGUCGUAGGGAUCCGUAUGAUGACCUCCUGCAAGAGAGCUACAAAAUCGACACCAGUUCCAAAUGAGAUGAAUAAGAUCUCUAUAGUGGACGAUGGGAAGGGGCAUAUAUGGUGUUUUCUUUGAGGUUUCAUGUCAUGUAUGAUUUAGUCAGCUGGAGCUGUAAGUUUUUAUUGAUUCAAUAAGCAUCGUCAUCCUGUUCUCAUGGAAUAUUUUCUUCCCGUGUAUUGUUGACAAACAAUUAUUUUGAGUUACAUUCCUUUUCGAAGUAUACGAUCUUUUUAAAGAAGUAAAGUCUUGUAGCGCAAUUGGUUCUAGUUUCUGCUUUUUUUUCUUUCCUUCUCAAGUGAUUUCUUGAGAUCCUCUCUCUUCAUCCGUAGGAGAACCUUGUUAGACAACGAUAUUCUCUCCUUUUGUAGCAAAGCAAAUAUAAUGUUGUUAUUCUUUCGGGUAACUUGAAUGAAAAUCCCGAACAUGUUAGUAGUGUUUCA